AUGGCCCGUUAUUAUCGAACGUUUCUGCAUGUCCGGUCGUGGAUCUUUACCGACAUCUGGGACUCGAACUCUGAUGGCCACAAGUCGAUCAAGCUUGUUCGUCAGAUUCAUAAAUCAACUGCCCUAAAAAUCACGAAGAAAAUGCCCCAAAAUGACAAAGAAUGGAUCUCUCAGACAGAUUUGGCAUUUACGCUUGUCGGAUUCGCUGGAAGCAUCGUCAUAUCACCUUAUGGCUUUGGGGUUGAAGAUGGUGAAGGACUGGCGAAUUAUAUUUAUUUUUGGCGAGUUCUCGGCUAUUUACAUGGACUAGAUGAUGAAUUCAAUCCGUUUUCCGGGUCAUUAUUGAGUGUUCGAAGGACUGUUUAUGAAACAGCAGAGCGUGUACUGAUCCCUUCCUGGGAAGAUCCGGAUCCGAAAUAUCUUCCGAUGGCAAACGCAAUCACCAAAAAUCAAGAACAGCUUCAUUCAAUCCUUCUUUAUGCAAUUGAUCUAGCCAUAGAGGGCAACGGAAAGUAUGGCAAUCCAAUGUCAUCUGACCGCCUAGUCAGAAUCAGGGAAAACUAUCCAGUGAAAAGUCAAAGCCGAUUGUUUUGGAGAAAGCUUUUAAUGCAGAAACUUUACCAUUACAAUUUGAUAAGAAUUGGAGUAAAUUAUCUUACUGAGCUCGGAGUGACCCUGGCCUUUCUCGCAACGCGGAUAUCUGGAUAUUUGAACCGAUUGAAGACCAUCUGUAGUACAAAACAACAAUCACCGCGAAUUUCAUAA